AUGAGCCCAAAGGAACUGGAUCUACAUAGCCUUGAGAAAAAUCAGAAGGGAUAUGAAAGCUUUUAUAAGCACUUGAAGGUCACCAUGGAGGAAGAAUAUGUACAAGGACAAUUCAAGAAGUUGCAAGCACAACGUAUGAUCAUGCAGAAAAAAACAUUUACCAACUGGCUGAAUAAUGUUUUCUACAAACACACUGCAAACAUUAAGAUUCUAGAUCUCUACACUGAACUGAAAGAUGGUAUUUAUCUUCUGCAUCUUUUGGAGCUACUGUCUUCUGAACAACUACCCAGGCCAAACAAAGGCAAGAUGAGAGUUCACUUUUUGGAGAACAAUAGCAAAGCCAUUCAGUUCCUCAAAUCUAAGGUACAUGUGAAGCUAAUUGGACCAGAAAACAUAGUAGAUGGAGACCAGACCCUCAUCCUUGGAUUAAUGUGGAUAAUUAUCCUCAGAUUUCAAAUUUCAUUGAUCAGUCUUGACAAGGAUGAAUUUGGAUCCAGAGUUGAUGCUCUUUCUUCCAAUGAAGCUCUACUGGUUUGGUGUCAACGUAAGACAGCCAGCUAUUCUAAUGUCAAUGUGAAAGACUUUUCCAAAAGCUGGAAUGAUGGGCUAGCUUUCAAUGCCCUCAUUCAUGCUCACAGGCCUGAUCUUAUACAAUACAGUUCCCUGCGGCAUGACCAGCCCAUAAUUAAUCUAAAUAAUUCCUUCACCGUGGCGGAGAAGCACCUGGGCAUCUUAAAAUUGUUGGAUGCUGAAGAUGUGGCAGUGCCAUUUCCAGAUGAAAGAUCCAUCAUGACCUAUGUGUCAUUCUACUACCAUUAUUUUUCCAGGCAGAAGCAGGGUCAGACAGUCCAGAAAAGGCUUGCUAAAAUCGUGUUCUGCCUGAAGGAGACAGAUGAAUUGAAAUUCCAGUAUGAACACAUGAUCUUUGAACUCUUGAAAUGGAUAAAGCUCAAAGUGACAGAACUGGAUGACCGUUCCUUCCCCAAUUCUCUGGAGGAAAUGCGCUUCCUCAUGAAUAACUUUAAGGUCUUCCGCACUAAGGAGAAACCUCCCAAAUACCGUGAGAAGGGAAUAAUUGAAGCCAAUUUUUUCCACAUACGGACCAAACAGCAAGUCAACAAUCAGCGUGCUUAUCUGCCCCCUGAAGGAAGAACUUUAAGAGAUCUGGAAAGAGAAUGGAUUGCUUUGGAGAAAGCAGAGGGCAGUCGAGGAAAAGCAAUACUGCAGGAGCUGUUAAGACUUGAGAAAGUUGAGCAACAGGUCCAGAUGUUUCUGAAGAAAGCAGCCAUUCGUGAGGCCUAUUUGAGGAACAUGAGAGAGAUAAUCAAAAAGCAGGAUGAUUGGCAACCUGACAAUGUAGAACAGCUUCAAGCAGGCACUAGGAAACUAGAGGCAAUUGAAGCAGACAUGCUUCCCCAAGACCAACGCUUCAAAGCCUUGUCUGCAAUGGCUGCCGAAAUCAUGCGGGAGAACUAUCAGGACAAGGCCUUGAUUGCCAAAAAGCAAAUGGACAUCAUUCAUCAAUGGCAAGAUCUCUGGGGCCAUCUCAAAAGACAAAAACACACUAUGGGAAAGAUGCAGGAAGUACUAGUCCUUUUGAGGGACAUUGACACCAUUAUGGAAGAACUUAAAGGAGUGCAGGUAUAUAUAUUAGUAAGCUCUAAGGAUUGUGGCAAGGAGCUGUUAGAAGCAGUGGAAUUAUUACAAAAGCACAAAUUAGUUGCCUCCCAAAUCUCUUCUCUUGAGGAAAGCAUCAUGUACAUUGCUGCAAAAACAGAAGAUAUAAUACAAAGGAAACCACUCAAAUCAGAAAUUCUUCAAGCCAAAUAUCAGAUGCUUCAUCAGCUACAUCAGAAUCUUCAGGAUUCGUGCCAAAGAAGGCAACAUCAGUUGGAAGGAGCUUUGAAGCUUCUUGAAUUUUUUCAUGAAUGCAAAGAAGAGGAGAAAUGGUUGUCUGACAAAUGGAAAUUAGUGAAGAUGGGAACCUUAGAGGAUGAUCUCACUCAUAUUUCAGCCUCUCUCCAAAACCAUAAGUCUCUCCAAGUUGAGUGUGACUCCCAUCAAGCAAUUUGUUCUAAAAUAAUUUGCAAGGGCCAGGAGUUAAGCCAGAACAAUCCUUCAAACCAAGAGAUUCAGAAGAAGUUGAAAGGCAUCCAGCAAUUAUGGCAACAGCUCCAAGAUGAGAUGACUAAUUGUAAGUUCCGUUUGGAUACAGCUGCUCUCAUUCAACACUACUUUGCAGAUAUUAAUGAGGUUGACUCCUGGCUCCAGGAAAAACACACUCUCCUAGCCAGCAAAGAUUAUGGGAAAGAUGAAUCUAGUGCAGAAGCUUUGUUGCAUCGUCAUCUUCGUUUGGAAAAGGAGCUUGCUGCUUAUUUUAGAGAAAUAAGCCACUUGGAGGAACAGGCCCAUUCUGUGGCACAGCAAGUGGUAUUGCUUAUUCAAGCAGCUCUAAUUUCUUCUAAACAGCAUAGGAAAAAAGAGUUACAAGAAAGAAUCCAACUCUAUCAAUAUUACAACUCCUGUGAAGAGUUUCAGUCUUGGAUAGAUGACAAGGAGAAAAUUUUCCAGACCAUUCAACCCAAAGCCAACAAUGUGGAAGCUAUGCAGCAAAAAUUCCAGAAUUUCCUAAUAGAAUUGGCUGCUGGGCAAAAACAGCUGGAUGAGAUCAGUUCCUCAGCAGAUAUGUUUUCUAAGAGGUGUCCCGGAAAACAGAAGGAGAUCCAAACUCGUAAGCAAGAGAUAAACAAGAGAUGGGAAUGUCUGGAAGCAUUAAAAGAAGAAAAAGGCUCAGAACUGAUUGGGGUUACUGAUGUGAAGACGUUCCUUCAGGAUUGCCAUGACACUCAAGAACUGUUACAAGACAAGAUGGCCAGCCUUGAGGAUUUGGGGCAAGGGAGCAAGCCUGCUGUCUUGGAAGUGCAGGCAUGCAAGCUUUCAGUUUGUGAAAGAGACAUCUUAGUUCUGGAGAGAAAAAUUGAAUACCAAAAGAGGAUAGCCAAUUUAAUCCAAGAUUCUAAUCCUGCAGAGAGUCAUGCCAUAAAAGAACAUGGAGAAUACAUGGAGAAUCUAUUAUUAAUGUUAAAGUUAAAAGCAGAGGAGAAGAAGGUGGUUUUACAAAUAGCAAAGGAUCAACAAGCUUUUCUGCAAGAGAGCAACAGACUUCUCUUGUGGAUUGAUGGUGUGAAGGAGAAGCUGACAAGUGAAGAAAUGUGUAUAGAUGUGAUCUCUGCAGAACAGCUCUUGAAAGAACACCAGGACUUGCUGGAAGAGAUACAGAGUCAGAAUCACAGAUUUAAACAGCUGCAAGAAUUAGGUGAGAAGGUUGCAGAUAGUUCAUCCAACAUGGGAACUCUUGAUGUUGGUAAAUAUAUAGACAGAAUUGCUCAAGGAAGAAAUGAACUGGAUGAGUUAUGGAUGGAGCGACAGAAGAAGCUACAGGAAAAUGUAGCAUUGCAGAAAUUCAUCAAAGAAAUUGAUUCAAUCCUUGCUGCUAUCUCCAGCUAUGAGGCCUUUUUUCAGACUGAUAAUCUUGGGGAUCACAUGGAUUCAACUCAGAAUCUCCUGAAGCAACAUGAGGAUUUUGAACAAGUGCUGUUGGUGUUGAAACAUCGAACAAAUGCGACCAAUGCCCAAGGAGAGCAGCUGAUAGAAAGGGGUCAUUUUGCUUGUGACAGGAUUAAAAAGACAAUGGUUACCUUAUGUGAAAGAUGGAAAUCGCUCAUAAAUAAAUAUGAGCAGAAAAAAAGGAGGCUAUUAGAUUCUCUUCUACUACAGGAGUUCAUUCGUGACACUGCUGAACUCUUGGUAUGGAUGGAAGAAAAAUACAAGAUAGCCUCAGAUGAGUCUUACCGUGAUCCCACAAAUAUCUUACGGAAGCUGAAAAGGCAUGAGGCUGCGGAACAAGAAAUGAUGGCCAAUAAGAAGCAUUUUAUGGGGGUGAUGACGGCUGGAAAUCAACUGAUACAAAAUGGCCACUAUGCUGCAGAUUCCAUUCAGGACAAAAUGUUGGAAAUAAAGAAGAAAUGGGAGAAGCUCUACAGCAAAAUGAUAGAACAUGGAGAUAAAUUGAGGCAGGCUGGCCAGCAGGAACAACUGAUGGAGCUUCUUGAGGAUGCUGACGAGAAGAUAGAGAAGAUAGAAAGGAUGCUUCGAAAUGCAGAAUUGGGUCAUGAUUUGCGUUCUAGUCGCAAUUUACUCAAGGAGCAUAGACAGCUAGAAAAUGAAAUGCAGGGACUGGCUGAGAAAAUGAAUUCCAUUGUGUCUCACGCCAAGAGUGUAGCUACACAUCACUUCAAUAGAGAGAGGAUUCUUGAUGAGACCCAGAGUUAUCUGGAAAGCAUUAAUACUUUACUAACAACAGCCUUUUUAAAAAAUCUAAUCUACAGAUUUGAUUCCCUGCAAAAUCCUCUUGCUGAGAGGGGGCAUCUGUUGGAGGCAAAUGUGGAACUGUUUCAAUUCUACCAUUACCAUGACAUGGAAAUGACAUGGAUUAAUGAGCGAAUGUCCAUUGCCAAUUCUACAAUCCAAGGAAAAUCUUUAAAUGGGGCUCAAAGUUUGCUACAGAAGCAGAAGGAAUUACAAGUUGAAGUGAAAGCCCAUAAGCAGCAAAUCUCCAGGGUUCUGAAAAAGGGGAAUGCUAUGGCAGAAGUUACGUGCAUGUCUUCUCAGAGGAUCAAAGAAAAGUGCCAGGAACUGAGCAAAAACUGGACAGAGCUAGAAGAAGCUUGUGAUAAAAAAAUAAAGCAACUGCAGCAGUCAGUUGUUUACUAUCAGUUCCUAAUGGAUACUUGGGACCUCGAGAAUUGGGUAGCAGAGAAGCUUCCACUGAUCACCAACAAAGAUUGUGGUAAUGAUGAAGCCGCAACUCUUAACCAUAUAGCAAAACAUAAGGCUCUAGAGCAUGAAAUUGGCAUUUAUCAGAACUUAGUCAUGGAACUAGAAGAAACUGCCAAAACUCUACCACUUUCAGACUCCAUCCAUUAUGAUGAAGUUGAUAUGCCUCAAAGACAGGUCCACAUAAAGCUUCAAGAACUGCAAACAUUGGCUAAAGCAAGGGGUAAAAGGUUGGAGGAGACACUUGAACUACAUGACUUCCUGAGUGAAUAUGAAGAUCUUGAUGGCUGGAUCAAUAAGCAAAAGCAGGUGGCCAGUUCUGAAGACUAUGGACCUGAUUAUGAUCAUGUCCUUCUUCUUUGUGUCAAAUAUGAAAAAUCUCAGCAUCAGAUGGAAAUUGCUUCCCAGAGAGUUGCUGCAUGUCAUCAGUUAGCUCAGAAAAUGUUGGAUUAUGGCCAUGUUGAAUCCAGGGAGAUUCGGAAGAAGCAGAAACAGUUGAGCAACAACUGGCAGGAGUUGCUGGAGAUGACAAACUACAAAGGCAAACUGUUGCAAGAUGCUGAAGCAAUUUACAAGUGCCUGCAGGACUUGAUGGAAGCUCUCAGCCACAUUGAGGACAAAUUGAAGACCAUCCCAGAUUCCAUUGCUAAAGAUCUGAAUGGGGUGCAGUCACAGCUACGUAAGCAAGCAACUCUUGAGCAUGAAUUAUUUGGGAAUGAGCAGCAGCUGCAUGUUUUGAUGGAUACUGCAGAUGGCGUGCUCUGCCUGUGCUCUGAGAGGCAAGCAGCAGAGAUCAAGGCAAAGCAACAGGCCUUAGUGGAGAAUUGGGAAGUCUUGCGGUGUAAAGUAGAACAAAACAGGGAGCAGCUGGAAUAUGCUUGCAGAUUAUACCGCUUCCAAACCUAUGUGAGGAUUUCAAUGUUCUUUUCUCAUUUUUUAAUCCUAUAUUAUUCUGUUCUCCAGUUGUAUUGGCCAGUAUGGGACUAUUCUUCCUGGGCAUCUGAGAUGAUAAGAGAAAUGGCAGCUGAGGAGACCAUUCGAGAUGUGUCUACCAGUGGUCUGAAGAUUAAUCAGCAUCAGCAGCUAUUUCCAGAGAUUGAGUCUCGAGAUGAGAUUUAUGAGCGAGUAUCACAGCUGGGACAAGAGCUUGCGCUGGAACAGAAAAUGGCAACAGGAGAAAUCCAAAGUGUACUGGAAACUCUGAUAGAAGCAAAGCAUAGAGUGUACCAGGUAUGGGCACAAAAGAAGGAAUGGCUGGAGAAGACCCAUCUUUUGCAGAUAUUUUACCGAGACUGUGAAUACCUGGACAACAUCUCAAACUCCCAGGAGAUGUAUUUGAAAAGCUGUGAUUUUGGAAGCAGUGUGGAUGAAGUGAUACAGCAGAUCAAGAAACAGGAAGCUUUUGAGAAGAUUCUAGCCUCUCAGGAAGAAAAGGAACUCUCUCUUCAGGAGCAAAUGGAAAAAUUGCAACCAGGUAGUGAGUUGGAAGUAACGCAGAUUCAACAGAGGCUCAGUGUGGUGUUAAAGAAAAGAAGAUGCAUCAGAGAUCUUUCUCAAAGUAGGCAAGAAAAAUUGCAGGCAGAACUCCUGCUAGCUCUAUUCUACCGGAGUCUAACUGAGGCAGAGGGUUGGAUUAAUGAACGCAUGCAGAAGAUGAAAGUUCCUUCUUUUCAAAACUUCAACAAGUCAUGUGACAAAAUGAAGCUUCUUCAGAAACAUCAAGUCUUUGAGGCUGAGAUUUUGGCUCAUAAGGAUAUAAUUGCAACUGUUAAAAUGAGAGGCGAAGCUCUACUACACCAUAAUAUUCCCCAAUCGGAAGAGAUCCGCCAAAAGAUGUACUUGCUCCAAGAACAGUGGGAAAUGUUGAAUCAGGCUGUUGCUGCCCAUGGAAAAAUGCUUGAGGAGAGCAGGGAUUUUCUUGAAUUUCUACAAAAAGUCGAGCACACAGAGGCUUGGAUCAGAGACAAGGUCGUCAUGGUUAAUAUUGGUGAUGUGGGGAAUGACUAUGAACACUGCCUUCAGCUUUUGAAAAAAUUAAAUGAAUUCCGAGGAAUGUCAGAGGGGGUAACAGUGGAUGAUGCCCAUAUCAAAGGCAUCAAUGCUCUCGCUCUGCGAUUGAAGAGGCAGAAUGAGGAAGAGAUGAAAAUAAUAUACCAACGCCGAGAACAGCUGAAUGAAAGGUGGAACAGUUUCCAUGGUGAUCUUAAAAUGUAUAAGAGGAAGUUGGAAGAAGCCCUGCAGAUCCAUGCUUUGAUUAGAGAAAUUAAUGACAUCACAGAGAGAAUUGGUGAAAAGAGUUCACUGAUACAAGCAUUGGAUUAUGGAAAAGAUGUUGAAAGUGUAGAAAAUCUACUUCGGAAGCAUGAUGAAAUGGAGAGAGAAAUUGGCAUCAUUCAAUCCAAGAUGGAGUCACUGGAACCAGAACUAUGUCAAAUUAAAAGGAAUCCAUCUACUAUAAGUAACAAACUGACUACAAAACAAAAGGAAAUGAGAAACCACUGGUUACAACUGCAGAAUCAGACCAAACAAAGGGGUGAGAAGCUGAUAGCUUCUUACCAGUUACAGAAGUUUAACUCUGAACUGAAGGAAUUAUUAGACUGGAUUCAGGAAAUCAAAAGUCAAAUCGAAAUUGGAGAUCUUCCUAAAAGUCUAGCCGAAGCAGAAAGCCUGAUAGAGGAGCAUCAAGAAAUAAAGGCAAAGAUUGAAGCUCGGGGGGAAAGAUUUGGUGCUCUUAGCAACUACGGUCAGAAACUUGGCAAUUCUGGCCAUUAUGAGGCUCCUGAGAUCCAUCAUUCACUCAUCAAGUUACAACAAGCAUUAAAUGAAAUGAUCCAGGCCUAUGAAGAACAAAGUCUAAAAUUACAUCAAGCCAGGGACUUACAGAUAUUCUUUGGUUAUGUGGAAGAGAGUGAAAGUUGGCUAAGCAGCAAAGAGGCCUUCCUAACCAACAAAGACUUGGGGGAUUCGAUAUCCAGUGUGGAAAGUCUGCAGCAAAAGCACAUGCAAUUUGAAAAAGACUUGAACACCCAUCUGAUGAAGAUUGAUAAUAUAGCUAUCUUUGCUCAAAAGCUGAAGGACAGUCAGCAUUAUGAUUCAGAGAAUAUAAUGACUAAGUGCCAGACUGUGUUGAGAAGAAAGGAAAAACUUCUGGAAAUUGCUUUAAUGCGGAGGCGUCUGCUGGAGGAGUCCUGGCUGUUACAAAAAUUUCUGCAUAAUUCUUUUGAGAUAGCUGCCUGGAUGAGUGAAAAAAACAGUAUUGCCCUUGAUGAGAGCUGGAGAGAUCCCAGCAAUCUUCAAACUAAACUACAAAAGCACCAGACUUUCCAGGCAGAGAUUGUGGCUAACAAAAAUCAUCUCAACAGGAUCAAAACAGAAGGAGAGAAAAUGCUCCAUGAAAGGCAUUAUGCUUCUGAUGUCCUCCAGUCUAGACUCCAGGAAAUAGAUGAGCUUUGGGAUGAGUUGCUGGAAAACUGUGAGGAAAAGAAAAGAAAAAUUCUGGAUGCUUACAAGGCUCUGCAAUUUCUACAUAUUGUGGAUGAGGCUGAUAAAUGGUUGGAAGACCUAGACAGAGAGAUGAAAAUACCAGAAAGCAGUGAUAAUCUACUGAUUCUAAAUGAUCUCCUAAAGAAACAGGAAGAAUUGGAAGCCAGCUUUGCUGCCCAUAGGGAUCAUUUCCAAAGUCUGAUCAACAGAGUGCAAGAACUCCAGGAGGAGAAACAUUUCCUGGCCGAUGAGAUAGAGAUAAGAGUGGAUCAGGUGGUACACAGGUACAAAAGUUUUAGGGAGCCACUUCAGGAAAGGCAGCAGCAUUUGGAAGCCAACAGAUUGCUGUGCCAGUUCCUCCAGGAAGUCAAUGAAGAGUUUACCUGGAUUCACGAGAAACUCCCUCUGGCAUCUUCCAGAGACUAUGGUCAGUCACUAGCAACUGUUCAAAGCUUACAGGAGAAGCACCAGAAUUUAGAGAAUGAGAUUAACAGCCAUGAUGCCUUGAUUAAAGCAGUUAUCAGUUCUGGGCAGAAGCUAAUACAGGAAAAGCAGGUUGCUUCCCAGACAAUCUUGGAACAAAUAAAGGAACUGAUCAUUUCCUUUGAAAAUCUGAAGGAUGAAGCUCAGGAAAGAAGAUGGAGGCUUGUAGAAUCUCAUAAAGCCCAGCAUUUUUUCAGUGAGCUUUUGGAAGUGGAAUCCUGGAUGUCAGAAAAAGGACUUCUGCUAGAAACUCCAGAUUAUGGGAGAAAUGAAGAAUCAACUCAAGCAUUGUUACGUAAAAUGGAAGCUACAAAGCUUGAUCUGGAGGGAUUUAAAUCCCGAAUUGAGAAGCUGAAGGAAACAGGAGACUAUUUCUUGAACAGUAAUAACCCAGAAAGUCCAAUUAUCCUGCCCAAACUUCAGUCUGUUUUAGAACAAUACCUGUCUCUCCAGGAUAGAGCAGAGAGACAAAUAACAGCUUUGCAGGAACAAUCACAACUGCAUCAAUUUGAGAGGGAAACCCAACUGGUGGAUGCUUGGCUGUUGAGCAAACAGAAUAUGGCUGAAUCAGAUAACUAUGGUCAGGAUUUGGAGAAUGUGGAGGUUCUAGAGAAAAAAUUUGAAGAUUUUAUGAAAGAGGUAGAAACUCUAGGCCAUACCAAAGUUCUACUGAUAAACAAUCUAGCAUCUCACCUUAGAACUGUGUGUCACAAUCAAAUAAGCCACAUCCAGAAAAAAACCCAGGAUAUCCAUGACAGAUGGGAGAGAUUGCAACAAGCUGUCCAAACAAGAGUAGAGAAUCUCAGAGCAGCUCAUCAAGUUCAUCAAUAUGAUCGUGAUGUGGAUGACCUAAAAGGCUGGAUGCAGGAGAAAGAGGCUGUUGUGACCAGAGAUUAUUAUGGUUAUGACCUACUUGGAGUUCAGACCCUCCUUAGCCAACAUGAAGGAGUGGAGAGGGAACUAGCAGCCAUCGCAAAGGAGUUGGAAAGGGUUAGAGGAGAGGCCUGGCGCUUGGGCCGCCUCUACCCUCUACCCAGGGAGAACAUGAUGAACAGACUUUCUGAAGUUGAUGAGUGCUGGGAAAAAUUAGACAAGAAGUGUGUGGAAAGAAAGCUGAAAUUGCAGCAGGCUGAACAAGUCCAAAUCUACUUCAAUGACUGCAGAGAGUUGAUAGCCUGGGCAAGAAAGAUGCAUUCCCUGAUUGUUUCAGAGGAGGUAGCAAGUGAUCUUCUGGGAGCUGAAUUGCUUAUUAAACGCCACAAGGAGUACAAGCUUGACAUAGACAAACAAGGGCUGAAAUAUGAAGAUUUGGAGCAAACUGGAAAUAAUCUGGUGAAGGAAGGACAUUUUAUGUGCAUGGAAAUCGAAGAGAAACUCUCUGAAUUAUUGGAGCUAAUGCAAAAAGUGAGGGAAAUCUGGGACCUGAAGAAGGAUUUGUAUGAGGAAAACUGGGAGAUCCAGCUAUUAAAAAGGGAGCUGGACUUUGCUGAAACCUGGUUGACAGCAAAGGAGAGUUUUCUUUCAGAUUCAAAUUAUGGGAAUUCUGUCUCUGAUGUUAAACAUCUGUUGAAGAAGCAUCAAGACUUUGAAAAAAUGCUAGAAGCCCAAGAAGAGAAGUUUGCACAGUUGAAUAGAAAGACAAAGAGAGAAUUGAAGCUACUGAAACAAAUGACUAUAGAAGAAAAUGAGCAAAUGACCACAUUGAUCAAAGUCCCCUCACUAAGAAGGCGACAUUCAGAUAAAAGAAGCACAAUAUUUGAGCCAAAGAAAACUCAGCAAGUAUCACUUACAUCCUCAAUUCCCAAUUUAAGAGAUCCCUUCAAUGUCUCUCCUUCCCAAAACUCUAAAGAGAGUUUGCACCAAAUCAGUUCUGAAGAAGACUUGAUGUUGAUAAAUGAUUCUCCUGAACCAAGAGUGCUUGGCUUAGAAAAUUCCAUGCCAGAAACUGAGAAUUCUUUAUGUCCUUUAUUGACCUCAGAUUUGAAUAUCCAGCAAUCUAAUGUUGGAUUUUUGGAGUCACACAAUAGUGAUUUUAAUCCAUCAGAUGUGAUAAAUAGUUGUGAAACUUCUACCUCUGAGUUAGAAACUAGUGAAAUGAAAUCUCAGGAUGGUAAAGGUUCCCCUGAUGAUUGCCAAAAAAUUUUGCGCUCAGAUUUAUCAUCAGAAGGAUCAGAAACUACUUCCCAAAUUUCUGCAAACCAAUACAUUAUGGCAGGUUUUCUAGAAAAAAGAGACCAGGUCCUUUCAAGAAGGAAAGAGGUAAAUCCAAAGACAAGGGCUUGGAACACUUUUUAUGUUCAACUUCGAAGACAUAAACUUGACUUCUAUAAUGAUGAGAAGGAAGUAAUUCAGAAAAUACCUCCAGACUUAUCACUGAGCAUAGCUGGAGCCAGGUGUGAGAGGCUAACGAACUAUCCCAGGAAAAAAUAUGCUUUCAGCUUAAGAACAAGUGAUGGAGCAGAAUACUACCUUGCAGCAUUGUCUCAGACAUUAAUGGAGGAUUGGAUGCAUGCAUUAUGGAAUAACUUAGAUCAUAACAGUAAUCAGAAGGAGGUUUUAAUCGAUGCAAAUGUGGUGAAACCUCAGAUAAAACCUUGGAUUUCUGCAGCUGGAACUUCUACUCAUAAACAGACUAGCAAAGGUUUCCUUCUGAGGAAAACUCCUUCCUUCAAAGCUAAUCGAGAAAAAAGGCUUGCUGGAAGUUCUGUUAAAUCAGAAACAUUGACGCAAAAUUUCAAAACCCCUGCUCCGAAUUCAGAAGAUCCUGGCAGCAGAACUGAGCCCAUGGUGAACACAACGAAGUGUGUAGACAAUCUUGAUGCUGCAGAGAGAUCUAGAAUAGAGACAGAUCUCAAGAAACAGAAAGGGAUCUUUAAAUAUCUUUUCAGGAAGAAAUAGAAGCAAUACAGUUUGCUUGAAUUUCCUAAAGAUGCUAGGUUCUUCAGUUCUUUUCAUCCUAUCACCUUUACGAUUAAUUUAAGAGGUACGGCUGAAAGAGAAAUCUGGACACUAUCUAUUGAAUAGGCAUCCUACACAAAAUGUACAUUUAUAUCCCUUCAAUAUUUCUGCCAAAAACAAUUGUCACUUAAAUUGUGUAAUGCCAGGAAUUUAUAAUUGUAUGCAUUUGAAAGCCAUGAAAGUUUGGUGUUAAUAUUGGACAACCAUGAGUAUAUGCUGUCGUCAUCAUCAUCAUUAUCAUUAUUUAGCAUGAACAUGAGGAGACAAAGCUUUAUCCUGAUGUCCCAUUUUACCCAUUAAAGAUAUGAAGUGGUCUCCAUGAAUACAAGAACUUCUGGGGUCAAAUAUUAGCCAUAUCACCCUCCUUAACAUCCAUAGGAGUUUGAAGAGGGAAAAGUGAGAAGUAGUACUUCCAUUUAAUGAAAAACCUUAGUUGUAUGGGGAGGAGGGGAAUGCACUGCAGAUAUCUCUCAGCAAAUACUUCUUCUAUGCAGAUAUGAGGGCUAGAGAAGUGUCAUAACCUUUCCAGGCCAGCUUCUAGUAUUGGGGAGCUCCUAAUUACUGGUUUUUAAAAGGAUACAUCUAUCGUCAUUAGGUAAAGUUAAUUAAAUCUAUAGCAAGUAAUAAAACCAAUUGUGCCUCUCAUUUUGUCUACAUUUAAAAAAACAAUACUUAAAAAAUUGAAGUCAGUGACACAUUAGCACAGGGCUAUCAAACUCACAGCCCGUGGGCCGGAUGCGUCACAAGCUGGCCAUGCCCAUACCUGGUUUAAUAGAGGGGGGAAAGUCCCAAUACGUCAUGUGACACCACUGUGACGAUAUGAGUUUGACACCACUGCACUAGCACAAGAAAUAAAUUAGUAUAUAUUUUCAAAGUUUGAAAAUUGUUUUCUA